GGUGGCGGAUCCAAGAUGGCGCCGUGCGGACGUGUCCGGAGCCGCUGCCCGGGCCCGGCGCUGCUCCUGCUGCUGGCGCUGGCGGCGCGGCCGGCGGCGCCCAGCCCUCCUGCCGUCCUUUCCGGUCCCGGCGGUGCUCCGCCCGGAGCAGGGCAGCCGGUGGGGCCGGGCGCGGGUGCCCCGCGAAGUGCCCGCGGCGGCGGGUCGGGCAGCGGGUGGAAGCUGUCGGAGGAGGCGGUGUGCCGGGAGGACGUGGUGCGGCUCUGCUCCAAGCACAGCUGGGCCAACAACCUCGCCGUGCUCGAGUGCCUGCAAGAUGUCCGCGAGCCAGAUAAUGAAAUCUCUUCAGACUGCAAUCAUCUCUUGUGGAACUACAAGCUGAACCUGACUACAGAUCCAAAGUUUGAAUCCGUGGCCAGAGAAGUCUGCAAGUCCACUAUUGCUGAGAUAAAGGAGUGUGCAGAUGAACCAGUUGGUAAAGGGUUCUUGGUGUCAUGUUUGGUGGAUCACAGAGGCAACAUCACUGAGUACCAGUGCCAUCAGUACAUCACUAAAAUGACAGCCAUUAUCUUCAGUGAUUAUCGGUUGAUCUGUGGCUUCAUGGAUGACUGCAAAGCUGACAUCAAUCUCCUGAAGUGUGGCAGCAUUCGACCUGGAGAAAAGGAUGCUCACUCACAAGGAGAGGUGGUGGCAUGCCUGGAAAAAGGCCUGGUAAAAGAGGCAGAGGAGACUGAUUCUCGAAUCCAGGUUUCUGAUCAGUGUAAGAAAGCAAUUCUUCGUGUAGCUGAACUCUCUUCUGAUGAUUUCCACCUGGACCGGCAUCUCUACUUUGCAUGCCGAGAUGACAGAGAGCGAUUCUGUGAAAAUACUCAGGCUGGGGAAGGCCGAGUAUAUAAGUGCCUCUUUAAUCACAAGUUUGAAGAAUCUAUGAGUGAAAAAUGUCGUGAUGCGCUUACAACCCGCCAGAAGCUCAUUGCCCAAGACUACAAAGUCAGCUACUCGCUGGCCAAGUCCUGUAAAAGCGACCUGAAGAAAUAUCGCUGCAACGUGGAGAACCUGCCCCGCUCUCGGGAAGCCCGGCUUUCCUAUCUGCUGAUGUGCUUAGAGUCUGCUGUGCACAGAGGUCGACAAGUGAGCAGUGAGUGCCAGGGUGAAAUGCUGGAUUACCGGCGCAUGCUGAUGGAAGACUUCUCGCUGAGCCCAGAAAUCAUCCUGAGCUGCCGAGGGGAGAUCGAGCACCACUGCUCCGGCCUCCAUCGGAAGGGCCGCACCCUGCACUGCCUGAUGAAAGUCGUCCGGGGCGAGAAGGGAAACGUCGGGCUCAGCUGUCAGCAGGCACUUCAAACCCUGAUUCAGGAAACGGACCCUGGUGCCGAUUACCGCAUCGACCGCGCGCUGAACGAGGCCUGCGAGUCGGUGAUACAGACAGCCUGCAAGCACAUACGGUCUGGAGACCCCAUGAUUCUAUCUUGCCUGAUGGAGCACUUGUAUACUGAGAAAAUGGUAGAAGACUGUGAGCAUAGGCUCCUGGAGCUCCAGUAUUUUAUAUCUCGUGACUGGAAAUUGGACACAGUCCUUUACCGCAAGUGUCAGGGAGAUGCCUCCCGCCUCUGCCAUACCCAUGGCUGGAAUGAGACCAGUGAGCUGAUGCCUCCAGGGGCUGUUUUCUCCUGCUUGUACAGGCAUGCAUAUCGCACAGAGGAGCAGGGAAGGAGGCUAUCACGAGAAUGUAGAGCAGAGGUCCAGAGGAUCCUCCAUCAGCGAGCCAUGGAUGUGAAGCUGGACCCAACCCUCCAGGACAAGUGCAUGAUUGAUUUGGGGAAGUGGUGCAGUGAAAAAACAGAGACAGGGCAGGAGCUGGAAUGCCUUCAGGACCAUCUUGAUGACUUGGUGUCUGAUUGCAGAGACGUAGUGGGAAACCUCACUGAGCUGGAGUCUGAGGACAUUCAAAUUGAAGCCUUGCUGAUGAGAGCAUGUGAGCCCAUUAUCCAGACAUUCUGUCAUGAGGUUGCAGAUAACCAGAUUGAUUCUGGGGACCUGAUGGAGUGUCUAAUACAGAACAAACACCAGAAGGAAAUGAAUGAAAAAUGUGCAAUUGGUGUUACUCAUUUCCAGCUGGUUCAAAUGAAAGAUUUUAGGUUCUCGUACAAGUUCAAAAUGGCUUGCAAGGAGGAUGUGUUGAAACUGUGCCCCAACAUCAAAAAAAAGGUGGAUGUAGUGAUCUGUCUGAGCACAACUGUGCGCAAUGAUACUUUGCAGGAUGCCAAGGAGCACAGGGUCUCUCUGAAGUGCCGCAAACAGCUGCGUGUUGAGGAGCUGGAGAUGACUGAGGAUAUCAGACUUGAACCAGAACUGUAUGAGGCUUGUAAAAGUGACAUCAAGAAUUACUGCCAGAACGUGCCCUAUGGCAAUGCUCAGAUUAUUGAAUGCCUGAAAGAAAUCAAGAAGCAAUUGAGUACACGGUGCCACCAGAAGGUGUUUAAACUGCAGGAGACAGAGAUGAUGGACCCAGAACUGGACUACACACUCAUGAGGGUCUGCAAGCAGAUGAUCAAGCGGUUUUGUCCAGAGGCGGAUUCAAAAAACAUGUUGCAGUGCUUGAAACAAAACAAGAACAGUGAAGUGAUGGAUCCUAAAUGCAAGCAGAUGAUUACCAAGCGCCAGAUUACACAGAACACAGAUUACCGCCUAAACCCCGUGCUCAGGAAGGCAUGCAAAGCAGACAUACCAAAAUUCUGCCAAAAUAUCCUGAAUAGGGCCAAGGAUGAUACAGAGUUGGAAGGUCAAGUCAUCUCAUGCCUGAAGUUGAAAUAUGCAGACCAGCGUCUCUCUCCAGACUGUGAGGACCAAAUUCGAGUGAUAAUCCAGGAAUCAGCCCUUGAUUAUCGGCUGGAUCCCCAGCUUCAGAUGCACUGUUCUGAUGAGAUUUCCAGCUUGUGUGCAGAAGAAGCAGCAGCUCAGGAGCAGACUGGGCAGGUGGAAGAAUGUCUGAAAGUGAAUCUUCUGAAAAUAAAAACUGAGAUGUGCAAGAAGGAAGUGCUCAACAUGCUGAAGGAAAGCAAAGCAGAUAUCUUUGUUGACCCAGUGCUCCACACGGCCUGUGCCCUCGACAUCAAACACCACUGUGCUGCCAUCCCGCCAGGGAGAGGACGCCAAAUGUCAUGCUUAAUGGAAGCUCUGGAAGAUAAGCGUGUGAGGUUGCAGCCUGAAUGCAAGAAACGCCUUAAUGAUCGUAUUGAAAUGUGGAGCUAUGCUGCAAAGGUUGCCCCAGCAGAAGGCUUUUCUGACCUUGCCAUGCAAGUUAUGACCUCUCCAUCCAAGAAUUACAUCCUGUCUGUGAUCACAGUUGGCAUCUGUGUACUCUUCCUCAUCGGCCUGAUGUGUGGACGCAUCACCAAGCGGGUGACAAGAGAGCUCAAGGACAGGUAGAGCCUGGAUUGCCUGCUGAAGAAAUGCCUGCCCAGUGCCCAGUUUUGUACAGCCCUCCUCUGUAUAGUCUACCCACCCCCUCUUGUGAGAGGAGAAGUAAAAAAAAAAAAAAAAAUUAAAAAAAAAAUUAGAAAAGCAGCAGGUGUUGGCUCAGUUUUCCCAUCCUGGAUCUCAUCCAUGGCAUCUUCAUCCUAUGAAAGUUUGUGUGCAACAUUGGCAGCCCAGCCAGCAGCUUUUGUUACCCCUUUGUUAGCAGACUCUCGUUUACCUGCCUGUAGACAAGUCUCUGUUGUACUGUUGGAACUGCCUUCACUCUCCAAAUCAGACUGAUAUGACCUGCAGCUCAAGCAGUUUUUAAGUAAAUUUUUAAAGACCCAUAUUCUGCAUACCAACCAUAUGAUUUAGGUAAUGGUUCAUACUGAAAUCUAGUCAUCCUCUGUGGCUGGGUGAAGUUGAGGCAGGAAACUAAAGGGUAAAUUGCAUCUUACACCACAGCUGGCCUUGUUUUGGACAUCUUGCUCGUCUGUGUAAAGCAUCUUCAGAGCAUAGUCUUGGACAACCUAAGGACACCAAUCACUGGUGUCAUCUCCUAAUGAAUAUCCUGCUUAUGUGACUGUGGAUUUUUUUGGCUGAAAAGAUGUCCUUCCUUUCUUCUGCUGCUGCUCGCAAGAUAGAAUAAAAUACUGACCAGGAUUGAAUACUCAUGUGAGCUAUACAACUUGUAUUUCAGUAGAUUAAAGACACGAUGUAGACACAAGGUUUGUAGAGCCUGUCAGUAGUGAACAGUGUCAGUGGGCAGGAAGUGCUCUGAGCAGUUACUCAGUCAAAUUUUUAUUAGCAAUGAUGCAGUAAAAUUCUAACACCUUUUAUUUUACCUUGCUACUGCUAAGUUGUUACCCUCCCAAAUUAACUGUGUGUGGAUGGUAUUGACACACUGGCAGUGCAGUGCUCUGUCAGUGAUGCAGAAAGUGCCAGAACACUCAACAUCCUCUCUCUCUGUGUAACAGUUACUCGUGGAUUAGCAGAGUGGUUUGUAACCACACUCUGGGACAUAAUGGUUUGCAUGGUAGCACUGAAGAGUGGUUUUCAUUUCCACAACUACAAUUGAUGGUGAUAACACCUGGCAUUUUCCUGGGGUGUAGGACACAGGCGCUGGUCCUGCCAAGCAGAAGUGGAUGGAAGAAUGACAGUGUGGUAUGAAAGGCAGAAACAUCUGAAUCUUUAAGGGAAGUAGCUUUUAGCUUUUGCAUCGAUGCCAUUGUGUGCAUUUGUGCUAUGUAUAGUUAUACUUCCAGAACCUGGUACUUAGACCCAAGAGCCCAUAGAAGGUGUUUUGGAAAAGCUGCACCAGUAGUUGUGGCCUCUUCUUACCAUCAUCUGUGUUCCUCAAGUACAAGAAGGUGUGGAGUUCAUAAGAUAGGUGCUUUGCCUGAAGCAUGGGGUGUGUUGAUGAAAUUUACAAGAGGCUGCACGAGAGUCAGUGUGUACAGGAGGAUAUGUUUUAUUCACCUUUUAGAUGUCCUUACCUAUGGGUGCUGUGGUAAAACCAUGUGCCUGAAACUGUCCAACUUAGGCUGAUGCUUGAACCGUAAGUUUAUUUUCCCACUUAGCACACUGCUGUGUAAGACCUGGCAUUUCCAGUUCUCCCCAUUGUUCUCUAGAAGAACAGUGGAGGUUAUUUUGAGACACUGGAGUGUGAACCAGCUGAUUCUGGUGAUGCUGUAUACGCAGAAUGGCAUAUACAAAAUACUGUGAGCUUUUGCUAUGACUUUUUGCUGAAGCUUAUUUCAAGCAUACCUUCAUUCUGCGCUGAGGAUGGUGGCAAACUAGUAUGGGUUCAGACUUGCUAUGCUAGUGAGUCUAAAAAACACUUCUGGUUUUGUAGUAAAGUACUGUGAACACAAACAAGCAGCAGCGAAAGCCGGAGCAAUGAAGUUUCAGUGGAGAGUUUAAUGUAUGGUAGGAUUGCAGUUAAGUGGUGGGGUAAAACUAAUCUAAGCCUGAAUUCCUUCUCUUGCCCUUCUCCCUGGUGCUUGCCCGGUUGUUUGUCAGCAUGAAGUGGAGCAGAAGAGAAAUAGUUAAUCAGGUCUCUUGAGGUAGCACAGGUGUAUAACUCCACAAAUACUAGUUUGGCAGUUAGAAGUGUGUGUUGUAUCACUUGACUGAAUGUUGAAAUGACUGCUGUCAAGAUGGGUGUGCUCACAGAGCUGCCAGCAAGGGAAGUGGGAUCUCGGUGCAGCCUUGCUUGCUGGCACGAGUCCUGCUUCUCCAGAAUAUCUAUCUGGCAUAAUUAAAUUGCCAUUGGAGGGCUUUUUUUAAACUGUUGUGACUUUUUGAGAAGGCAUUUUGUAACCUGAUUAGCUUGAAAAGCCUAAUUAGAUGGUUUAUUGUCUAGAAAUAGCAACUUCCACUAAAUUCCAAAAGACAUUGCAGUGAAAAUUGUAGGUUUGUAAAUGUAAACCCUGUUCAGCUCUGAAGGUGACUUUCUUUACUUUCAGAUAUAAAGCUUUCUGGGUUUUUUUUUUCCCUUUUUAGUUUGGAGGAGGUUAUGGUAAGGGUGCCUGAAGCAUGGCAUUAGGAGUCAGUGCCCUACAGUGGUAUUAGUCUGUGGUUGGUGGUGUUUCUGCCUGUGUCAGGCUCACAGUUUGUGUGAGUGUGUUGUGAUGGUGUUAGAGGUGUGUGGCCCGAAGCCUUUGGAAGAAAAAGUAGGAUACUGAAUAAACCUUUUGUCACAGUAGACACAGGCCCACCUUUUAAAGGUUGGCAAGGGGUCCAGGCCAUUUUAUCAUUGAGUAUAUUAUAUUUUCAUGUUUUAAAAAGGGGUCUUCUACCACUGGUGAUGACCAAAUCUGCUUUUUCCCAACUUAAAAUAUACCAGUCACAGUCUUGAAACAUUCUUCUCCUUUUCAUGCAUACCUAAAAAUCUAGAGGUUUUGCAAGCACGGAAACCCACAGGAGUACUCUACCAAAAAUAACCUGGUUGUGCUGUUGCCAACACAUCAUCUUGCCUGCAGGUAAUCAUUUUCCACUGCAGGGAAAGAAAGAAAGACUCAUAGAGUCAUAGAACAGUUUUGAGUUGGAAGGGAUCUUAACCCUCAUUCCAUUCCAGCCCCUGCCUUGGGCAGGGACACCUUCCACACUAGACCAGGGUACUCAGAGUCCCAUCCAGUUUGGUCUUGAAAACACCAGGGAUGGGGAGUCCACAACCUCUCUGAGCAACCUGUGCCAUUGUCUCACCACCCUUGUAGGAAGUUGUGAGCAAUGGUUGAAAGAAACACUGCUGUUGCCUUGAAUUCGAGAAAGCCUUUUUCUAACUUCUCUGUUUUAACAGAGUGUUAGCAGUAGCUGCAGUCAGCCAGGACAAGUGGGUUAGUGUGGAAGAGCCUCGUGGUAGUCUUCAUGACCCUUACCUCUCACUGGAGAAAUCUGCCUUCCACUGAAUGCAGUUUAGGAGAUGGUUGUUGGUUGGGUUUGUUUUUUCUCCUGAUCAUCGCAAAACCUUCUCUUGGAGAGCUUAUUCUAGACUUGAUGAUGCUGGUGCUCAGGGCGUGGAUGGAAGAGCUGGAUGUAUGGGAUCUGGCAAGGCAUGCAGCUCUCCAUUUGCUUCCUGCUGCUGCUGCGAGGGUUAACAAGUUAGGCUUCCUAAAUGAUGGCAUGUGUGUGCACGUGUCAGGAACUGUGCAUGAUGUACACCUCUAUACUCCACUCCUGCUAGCCUUUUACAGUUCAUUCUCAUUCACAGUAAUAAGCUUAUUUAUUGUUUACCUAGUGAGUCUAAUCAAGUUCUUUUGAGAGUUUCACCUUGGGAUUCUCCUGCCUCACUUUUGUCAUUUGGCUGCUGGAGUAACUCAUCUGGGUGGGAACAAAAUUCCUGGCACCUGAAGUACUGCCCAGCAGAUUGGGUUGAGUAUCCCUGUGUCUGUGUCACUGCAAAGGGCUGGAAAGACCCUAGUGAAGGUUGAAUAACUCUGUAGCAAAAUGUUAGCAUUUCCUCCAGAAUCUGACACUGUGAUAUAAUUAGUGUUGCUCUGAAAGAAUCCACAGUUAAGUGCAUUGUAUGGAAAAUAACGGUUGUGACUGUGUCAAGUACAGAAACUAACUGCAGGUAGGUACAGAGGGAAAAAAUGUGAUAAGCCAGAGGGAUUGCUGGAAUCCCAUAAUGUUGUAGAGGAAUUGUGUUCAAGUUGGAUGCUGGUUUCUGUUAAAACACAGCGAUACUACUUAGUGAAAGAAGAUUGUAGGGUUUUUUACUUUAUCGGUUUUGUUUGGGAAAAAAAAAUGUAGUUUUGAGGUGUGUGUGAGUGCACAAGUGUGGUAUGAAACGAGAAUAUUUCAUCUAGCACCUCUGUCCCUAUUUAAAGUACAGCUCUGUGGACUUAAAACAGCUGUAGUGUGGGUUUGUGUAAGAGCACAUUCCUCAUUCUGGGGUUCAGAUCCUCCAGGCAGCUCCCAGGUACUGAUCUUUGUGCAGUAUCCUUGUUUGGGAGCCAGAUCUGCCAUUUGCUUCCACCGAUGAGUUACGGUUAGAGGGGACCCAAAUCACACAUGUGCCAGGGAGAAUUCAGCUGGCACUGCGCAUUGUCCCGUGCUGGUGGAAUUCUGCAUCUACUCCACUGAGUUCCUGAGCGCUGCCUGGGAUAGGGAGGAGUAACAACGUUGCUCUUCACUAGCCAGAGGCAAGAUUUUCUCCUUGCACAACACCCAGAUUUGAUUCCGUAGCUGACCAAACACAAAGAUCCCUGCCAGGGUGAGUCGCUACACCCUGAGAUCCCAGCCCUGCUGCCCCUGCGUUGACUGAGUUAGAUAGAAGUGCUCGCCUAGCUCUCGCCUUGGGAAAUGCUGAACUAGGAGAAAAGGGAAAGGCGUGCCUGCCGCCCCUGGAAGGGAGGAUCCAUAGCUGUGGGUACCGCGUGUGUCGGAUGGGCACGAGCCGGGUGCAGGGGAAGGGGCUCCCCAGCACCCCGCAGUGUACAAAGCAGACCCAGCGGAUUCCUGGUGUACAGCAGAUGCUGUUUGAACGUAGUCUCUUUUUUUUUUUAUUAUUAUUAUAAUUAUUUUUAAAUGUGACAUUAACGAGACUUUUUUUUUUUUUGUAAAUUGUUUCCCCUUUCUGUGUAUAAAUCCUGGCUGCUCAUUGUUUCAGUUGAGUUUUGUUUUUUUUUUUUUUACAUGUCCAUGCUGUGUAAUUUUGAGAUGUUACUGAACUUCUGAACAUAAUAAUGUGCAUUUUUUUUUUUCUGUACAGAUGAAAUGGGAGAAUUUAAUAAAAAGAGUCUGCAGGUUUGUA